GUAUACAAGGCAACAAGGGACAAUAAAUCGAUAUUGAAACAUUUGAAGGAGCCCAUGUUUUGACAAAAGAAUUUAGCAAUCGCACUGACGGCAUAUAUUCUUCGUUUCGCGUAAGCCCCAGGAUGUUUCUGUUCUCCAAAAAGAAGAAACCCAGUGUGGAUUCCAAGAAACGCCUUGAGUACCAGCUUUGCUUGUCUAAAGAAGCAGGUGCUGAUGAUAUUCUGGACAUUUCUGCCUGUGAACUUACAGAGGUUCCCUCUAGUGUCUUCUCAAUGUGUAAAGUGCUCCAGAAGAAAGUGUUAAUUCUUCAUGGAAAUGACCUGAGGUCACUUGUUCCUAAAGGUUGCUGCACUGGUGCCUUAGCAACCUUAAAGGUGCUGGAUCUGCAUGAAAAUAAGCUCACAUCACUUCCUGAAGACAUCGGGCAGCUAUUGUCCUUGCAGGUUCUGAAUGUAGAGAAGAACCACAUAAAACAGCUGCCAGACUCUGUAGGGGAUCUACAACAUCUACAGACACUUAAUGUGAAAGGGAACUGCCUUACUGUGAUUCCUGUGUCUGUGGGUCGCAUGAGCAGCCUGCGUACACUGGACAUAAGUGAGAACAGCAUCAGAGAAUUACCCAAAGAACUGGCCAGUGUUCGGACUCUGGAAAGCUUGAUCUUGGACGCACAGGUUAUGAGCUAUCCACCUGCGUCAGUGUGCACGGGUGGCACAGAGGAAGUGCAGCGCUACCUCUGCUCAGAGAUGGAUCUGGAUUAUUGCCCUCCAUCCCAGUAUCUUCUGCCUGUGCUGGAGCAUGAUGGAGGGAAGCAGGAGGUGGAUUGUGUUGAUGGUGAGGAGAUAGCCUGGCAGAGCAAAUUCAUGGACUAUGAGAAAAGAAAGGAGCAGAAACAGCUGGAAAAGUUGACCUUUGAGAAAGAUCUUGAAGAGAAACAGAGAGAACACACUCAGCUCCUCCUCCUCAACAACUCCCGUAAAGAGGACGUCCUGAUGUCUGUCAAAUUGGAGCAGGAACGGUUAGAGUUAGGUGUGUCUCAGCAGCAGAAGGCCCAGGAUGCAGUAAGGCUGAAAAUGCUGGAUAAAGUACGCCAGGCAGAGAGCGUUAUCAUGGGCCGCAUCUCUGACCUCCUGUUUGAUAACAAACGACAGGCAAAGAGUGCUGAAUUUCUGCAAGCUCUUGAGAUGGACCGCAUACGAAUGGAACACCUUGCUGCCAUCACACAGGAAGAAGCCAACUCUCUUAGGAAGAAGGAAGUGGCAGGUGCCAUGCAGAGGAUGCUGUCAGAGAGCUGCUCUUUAAGGUUACUGCAGGAGGCCAGGGAAGCCAAGACGCAGAUUCUGGUGUCUGAGACCUGCAGGAGUUUGGACAGUUUGGAUAAGAAGUUUGACCAAGUGUUAUCCCUGCAGCAGCUAGACAAAAGCAAAGCCAUUAGUCAGAUCCUUCAAGAGGAGGAAAUGCAGAAGGCCGCCUUUGAAGCCCUCCAGCUUCAGAAGGAUAGUGUGCAUGCUUAUAUUCGUAAUCAGAUUAAACUCAUAGAGGCAGAGUUAUUGCAGUUGACAAAGCUGGAGGUUAAGAGGAGGAAUUUGGACACUGAGAACCUGCAGGAGGUGCUGGCUGACCAGAGGACCGCUUUGAGUGACCUACUGCAACAGUUACUCAAACAGAAGGACCAGAGGGAGGAGGAGCUCAAGCUGGUCUUGAUGGAGCUGGAGCAGAAGAGCGAAUCCAAUCAGCAGAACUACUGGAUGAUUCAAUAUCAGAGGCUCCUGGAUGCUAAACCGCUGUCUUUGCGUAUGCAGGAAGAGGCUGUGGAUAGGGAUCUGGGGAAUAUGCUGUGUAAACUCUCUGCUCAACACUACCUGCCAAUCAUAGCUCACCACCGAAUCACAGCUGAGGCCUUGCGACACAUGACCGCCAAGGACCUUAGGAAGUUGGGGAUCAGUGAGGUUGGCGUGCAGAAAGCUCUUCUCCACUGGGCCAGAGAACGCACUCUGUCUGACCCAUUGCCUAAAACAGCGAAAGAGAUACAGGAAGCUGGUCCAUCCACUCCAAGUGCCCCACCUCAACAGCAGCUCACUCCUCCACUGACCCCCAACACCCCUCUCACCCCCACUGCCCCAGGUCCUGAUAGAUUUAGCAGUUCCGAGUGUGUGGUGUGCAUGGAACAUGAGUCACAUGUGAUCUUCCUGCCGUGUGGACACGUAUGCUGUUGCCAGACCUGCAGCGAUGCCCUGCAGUCCUGCCCUCUGUGCCGUGCUUCUAUAUCUCAGCGUGUCCGUCUUUACCAUGGCUGAAGCCGACGAACGUCCACCGAGUCUUUCCAUGGUCAGGAUCAUACCUCACAUGUCGUAUUGGUCCUUCCUCCCAUUUGCUGCAUGAAAUCGUCUGUGAACCUUCAAGCACUUUAGAAGUUACUGGAUUUUCUCUUCCACUACUGCUACAACUAGCCAAUCAAAGAGGAACAUAUACAGCAAGACAUUUGUCCAUUUGUUCAUCAUAAACUGGUCACAUUCCAAUAAAUUAACAGCAAGAAAGAAUUUGGUAACGGUUCAUCUAAAAAAACGAAAAAAAAUAGAUAUACUAUAAUAUAUUGACUUGUUGAGUCUUAGUAUUGCCCUUGAUGUAUCUGCUCUAAGCACUUGUGCCUUUUCUGUAUUUAAUGUCAACUCUUUCCCCCUCCCACUAAAUUUUAAAUAUCUGCAUGUUCUCCAUAGUAAAGCUAAAUCUUCAUCCACACCCCACAGUCCCCCAUGCCCACAAUAUUGUUCUAGUGUCAUCGUCGAGCAAUAGGAUCAAACUGCAUCAACAUUAAGGGCCGUUCACAUCAAAUACAAUAACUAUAAAGUUUGAAUCGUUCUAUUUCUAUGAGAAUAGGAAAGUCCACUAGCCUGACGUCGUCAUAC